AAGCCGGAUAGGUAAAUAAUUCAUACGCUUUGUCGAGCGCUAGGAAGCAAGUACCGCUGAUUCACAACAGUAGAACUAUAACUUAGAUCAAGAGCCUCCAUCCCAACACAUUGAGCAACAUGGCAGAGUCAGGAGAGCAAGUGGAGGUUGGUCAGCAGGAGCUAGAAGAAGAUGAGGAUGAUGAGGUCAACCCAAAUUACAAGGCUCCUGAGCAAAAGUCCAUGAAGGAAAUUUUAGAGGCAGACAAAGAUGAUGAGAGUUUGGUGAACUACAAGAAACAGUUGAUGGGGGAGAACACUCAAGACCUAGUUAUUGAUCCAUCUAUAGAGGCUAAGGUAAUCCUGAAGACACUGGAACUUCGUUUUGAAGACGCACCAGAUGAUAAGCAAUCAAUGGAUCUAACAGGGGACCUGUCAACCUUGAAGGAAAAAAAGUUUGAAAUAGUUGAGGGCAGACCAUACAGAAUUGCUAUUUUGUUUAAUGUCCAAAGGGAUAUUGUGACAGGUUUAAAAUAUAGCCAUAUUUGCAAGAGGAAAGGCGUAAAAGUGGAUAAGAAGCUGUUGAUGAUGGGAAGUUAUGGCCCAAAACAUGAGCCGCAUUGCUUUCAAAGCGCUGUGGAGGACACGCCCUCAGGAUUAUUAGCUCGCGGAACAUACAACGUGAAAAGCACAUUUUUCGACGAUGACAAGCAUAAAUACACUGAAUUUGACUGGAAGUUUGAAAUUGUAAAGAAAAAGUAAGAGUAUCUGAACACCUGAACACUUCCAUCGGGAGGUCACGGUUCUAUUUUGUCUGUCGGAUACAGCUGUCAUUUCCUGCUUCAAUCAUGAUCACCUCAUGAUCACCUACCAACACUUGUCACAUGAUCAGUGGUCUGUAUGAAAUUCAAUGGCUUGAUAAAACUGUACGAGUAAUCUCCCUUGCAUUUUGACUGGGUAUAUCAAUCGCAUCAAAAGAUAGGCCUGCAAGGAUUGCAUUUGAAAUGAAGGACAAGAAGUUGACUAUUACAUAUUAACAUUGCUGCUGUUGCAAAAGAUUAUAUUAGGAAAUGUUCAGACUAGAGAAAAUACAGGCAGACUAGUUUGUUAUUAAUGCUUGCAAUGUUUUGAACAAAAAGUAAAGAUUAAAAGUAAAUUUAAGUAUGUAUUGAGCUUCAUUCUUAAUUCCGCUGAAUACUUGAGGUGUUUGGAGGUGUCAUAUUUGUCUUAAUUCCGCUGAAUACUUGAGGUGUUUGGAGGUGUCAUAUUUGUCUAAGAUGUUUUUUAAGGAACUCAACAAAAUGUUAGAAGUGGUAUCCUGAUUAUAAUGAGAUAACCAUGUUCCUGGGUGGUUUUAACAUACACUUGAAUGCAAUAGGUACUUGUAAUUGAAAUUAUUAAGGGAAAUUAGAAUAAUUUUGGAUAAAAAGAAUUAAUCUUUAGUUUCUGAACAGGACAAUCUUUGGAAAAAGAUUGCUGUGGUGGACAUCUGUCUCUAUUCAUUUUGAAUUUUGUACGCCCCAGCUAUUUUUUAUUCUUUUUUGGUGGGGGUGGGGGGCAGGGGGGUAUAUAAUGUAAUCUUGACCUUACAAUCACAACCUGUCCUGUCCCCUCCCGUUCUGUCAAGAUUCAUUGUCAUGACACUACAAUUUCUUCUCAACAGACUCAAAAUUUAUACAGAGGUCAUGUAUGAGAAUAGCCUGUCCCAUUCUGUCCCGAUUUAUAAAAAAUCUUUAACAAAGUUUACACAAAGGUCAACUAUGGGAAUACCUGAGGGUCCCAGGUCUAUACGAAAGGUCACUGUUGCUUUUUAAAUGUCAACCACAAAACCAAGGAGCAUUCAUACAUUUUUCUUGUUCUAGUGAAUUGACCUUGAUUUCCUUUAAGGUAAUAAUAUAUAAAAGGGGGCGAAUUUGUUAAAACCCUCCAACAACUUCUUCUGAAGAACUGAAUGGUCUAGAGUAAUGACAAUUGGCAUAUAGCUUGCUUGAAUGAAAUUCUACAAGUUUGUGAAAAGAAUUGAUCUUGAUCUAUAUUCAAGGUCACAUGUAUCUUAUUUGUUGAAACAAAUGUCAAAUUCCUUCUUCUGAUGAAGCAAAAAUGUCUAGAGUAAUGAUAUUUGUUCAAUAGGUUCUUAGAAUGGAGUGCUACGCAAAUUGCGGAGAGAAAAACCUUGACCUAUUGAAGGUCACUGAGGUUAAAUUUGUUGAUAUUUGGUUGAGUGUACUACCAUUACAGAGACAUGUCUCGGGUAUAAUUAAUUGAUAGGUAUAUAUUUGCAUUGGUCACUAUAUUCACAUGUUAUGUUGUAUGGCACAUUUGCUUCUGUCCGAUUUCAACUUCAGAUAUUAAAUUGGUAUCCAUAAUUUUUGGCAUGCACAUUGACAUUAUCGGCUAUAUAUAUUGGCGAUAAAAUUGAUAAUGUGGGCUUAUGAAAUGCAAUAGUCAAUUUCGAGAAACUAAAGAUUAAUUCAUGUUGUCUUAAUAUCAUAAAUUCUUGUUGUUUUAUACACAUGUAUGUACAAUGGAGUAUAAGUAAGUAUUUACAAUAAGAAUUAUUCUUGAGUACCAAUAAAAGAUUUUGAAAUAAAAUUUAAAGGCUAGAACCCAUGGUAUUGAAGCGUGAAUGAAAAGAUAUGCUGUCUUGUUUAGUCAUGAAUAUUAAUUUGUGUGUUGACAAAUAUUUUUUGACUUUACUAAGCUUUAUGUAGUCGCCCUAAAGUGCUUUUAUAUGUAGAUGCUUAUACUGCCCAAUAUACAUAUAAUCUCCGAGUCCUACCUGUACAUGUAAUUCUACUGUUGAAGUUUUGUUCUGUUUUCUAUGCUAUACAUAACACUUAUUAUAAUAACUUCAUUAAUAUGCAAUAAAUUUAUGAUUUAUUUUCUUGAUUUUAGUAGAAGUUUUUGUUGAUUAUAUCUGAACUUGUGUGUAUAUCAGAUUUUAAAAAAACAUUAUUUUUCUUUAUUUUUCAAUUUAGAAUUGUAAAUAAUGGAGUGUGUUGAACAUGUUGUUUCUCAGGGAAGGUUUAAACACAUACAUCCUUCACUGUCAAAUCAGUGUGAUAGAGAAAUUAAAACAAUGAACAUAAGUUCAUGUUAUAUGGGAAAGCUAAAUUGACAAGCAUCCCCCUAUUCCACAAAUAAUGAUUGACUAUCCAAAUAGAAGUUUUACCCUGGAUUCUAAAUAAUAAUAUACUGCUCUAGACUUUCUCUGUUGUGUGUUUUAGAUUAGAUAUUGUAGAACUUGACAAAUUAUAAAGAUGAAAAUAUAGACAAAUGUUACAUGAUUUAAUCUGCAGUUAAAGGGCAUUAAUAGAUCUAAAGAAAAGCUGUAUAUUAUGUGAUAUAACUCUAUAUAACAUCAAGAUUUAGUUGUCCUGUGAAUAUAUACACAAGAACAAGGAAUGUACUUAUGAACAUAUAUCUUUGUAUAGGAAAAACAAGAUCCAAUAUCAAACUUACCCAGACAAACACUAUUACAUUUAAUUGUAAUUAGCUGAUGAAAAUGAAGCUAAGAAUUGGUUGGUAAUGAUAAAUAUUGAUAAAAAUUACGUUUACAAAAAUCAAUGUACUGUAAUGUGGAAAUUAUAAAUACAAAUACAUGUAAUAUAAUGUGGCUAUAAGCUCAACUGGUCCAAAUUAAAGGGCCAACUGAGCUUAUGCUGUGGCACAGCUUUCGUCGCUCAUUCAUCAACUUUUUCUAUAAACCACUUAUAAAGAACCAAGAGACUUAGAGUCAUGAUAUUUGGCUGGUAGCUUUUUUUGACUGUGCCCGACAAAGUUUGCGAACAAAAAAAUGACUUUGCCCUACUUUCAAGGUAAAAUCUGUCAAAAACUUCAAAAACUUCUUCUGAAAAAUCAAAAAUCACUUAUUAUCAUGAUAUUAGGCUGGUAGCUCCGUAAGAUAAAGCCCAACAAAGUUUAUAAGUAAAAAUAACCUGGACCUGUAUUCAAGGUCAUAGGGUCAAAUAUAUCGAAAACUUCAAAUGACUUCUUAAGAAUAAUGGAAUGACCUGGAAUCAUGAUAUUAGGCUGGUAGGUUCCGUGGAAAGAGCCCCAUACAGUUUGAGAAUUGUUUUUUACUUUGGCCUACUUUUAAGAUCAUAGAGGUCAAAUAUGUCAGAAUUGUGGUUAUAAUAUAAACAGAAACAUCUGUACUGUAAACAUGGCAAUAAUAAAUACACUAACUUCUGUUUACAUGGUUAAGAUAAAUACACUAACUACUGUUAACAUGGUUAAGAUAAAUACAAACGUACCGUAAUUGUGGUGAUUAUAAGAACCGAUACACAUGUUCUUUAGGCAUGGUAGUAAUGCAGAUACAAUUGUACUGUCAACAAAAGGCUCAUUCCCUAUUUCUUCAGUUUUAUUUCGUUUCUAUUUUACAGACCAUUACAAACAUGUUUUAUCCUGCUAAUUUAACAAUGUACCAAUGAACAUUUUUCCGAUUGGAAUGCAAAAACAAUUCCUCCACCUAUACAGUCAAGUGAUUAAAGCAUGAUUGCUUAAAUAUUACGUUGAUAUGCAUGUGAUAGACCCCCCAGGGCUGUGUUGUAUCACCAAUAGGUCAGGAAUAAAUCCAGGGAGUUUGAGGAAAGGUUGGCCUUACUAGUUUGUGGAAUAACUUAUCAUAUCGAACAAUUUCAGCAUGAUCACCUUGAAUAUUGCUUCACAAGUAGUUCCCAUAGUGUGGGACACUUUCUAAGGAAUUUCAAUCAGUCACACAAAAUGAAACUAGAUAGUACGUCUAAUAUGUAAUAGGGAUAUUCAUUCUAACCAUUCCAUUAUGCAACAAUUCCAGUUUUUAUAUAUUAAAAAAAAAAAGGUGGGAAUAGAUGAAAACUGAAAAUUAUAUCUUUGGUUUAUUUUUGUUGUAUUUACAAUUUGAAUGCAUUGGUUAAAAUUCAUGAUAACAUUUAUUUUUUGAAAAAAUAUCCUGUAGCAUCAUGGAAUGUGUCUCUGGUAUCACCAAUGUGUUACAUAGUCUUUAUGAACGAAAUCUUUUUUUUAUUAAUUCUUUGAUGUCCAAUGUAUAUAAUUGGUUAGGUGCUAUUAUCACCCACCGGUUCUGUGUGUACCGACUGAUACUACUGAUAUUUCACUUUUUUGUUCGCUUUUUUUUUUAUAAAUUAUACAUGUAUUCAUCCUGAAAACUUCCUUAAUGGAUCACCACAAGAUGACCUUACCCUAUCAAAUAUACAAAACAUUCUUUUUUAAAUGGUUUAUUUCUAUGUUGUAAGAAAUUGAAAAAAGACAACCUGGUGACCAAACUUUACAUACAUAUGUGUAGAUCACAUAGCAGGCCUCAUUGCAGGCAAAUCUAGCAUCUGCAGAUGUGCCAAUUUUUACCCUAAAAAGGCGUUUAAGAUCUUUGUGAUUCAUUAGAUACCAGAGGUUUAUAUUUUUGUGGCCGAGUUCCAUACUCCUAUGUCUGAUGUAGUACUUUCUAUAGUGGGUAUCUACAGCACAGUCUUGUGCUUUAGGGCUAUUAUACAUUGUACCUACGUAAAUUUAAAAGUGAGUAUUUUCUAGGAAGAAGAGAAACAAAGUUAAACAAUGAUAAAAAAUUACUGUCUUAUUUCACACUUUUGUCUGAGGUCAGCAAUCCAAAUGGGGUCAUUAAACUUACCAAGCUAACUCUCGCUGUACAGUAAUGGAAGUCGAGUAAUGUUAAUGAUUUUCAUGUACGUACUCUUCAAAUCUUUCACAUACUUACUCCUGAAGAAAUAUAAUAUUGAUUAUAAUAAACAUAAAAGUGUAAUGACAUUUCAAAUUUGUUUAUUAUUUCCCAAACAUUUAUUUGAAAUUUUACAUAAGAACGCUUGGAUGUUUUUUACCAACCAAUAUGCAUGUAGGUACUAGUUCUAUGUAACAUUGUGAUAUUUACUGAUUAUCUGUUGUGGUCGUCAGUUGUUUACUGACCUUUUGACACAGAUUAACAACGAGGGGUUAAUGUCAUCAAAAAUUAGUGGGGUAGUCUCCCCUUGAUGGUAUAUCUGGUCGUUACAGACAAGACCUUGUCUCUAAAUCUAUUCACCAUUAAUACCUGUAGGCACAUUGAACUGCUUUCUUUUGGCAUACAUAGUCAAUAUAAAUGCCAAAUUCAAACUAAAUUGCACUAAAUUCAAUACUAUAAUAUACCAUUCUUAAAAUAUUUUAAUGUCAUGGAUAAUUGAAAUUUAUUCAUGAAAAAUUAGCAUUUUGAUUAGCAUUAAUCAAACAGACAUCUUCUAGGGAGGGUCAGUAAUAUCUUGCACUACAAUUACAACAUCAUGAUAGUGACUCAACACCUGUGGUAUAUAUAGCUGAUGUGAAUGUCCGCUGAGUUUUGGUAGGGUUAUAUAGUUGCAAUUCCAUAAAGAAGUAAAUAAAUUGCCAAUGUCUUGCCUGAUGAUGGAUGAUAUAGAAAUUGUUUUGUAUAUGAAUCUCACCCUGUAUUAUGACAAUUGAGGUGAUAACAGUUAACAUACCACCUAUACAAAGAAAGUAUGGUAGUACUUGAUUGUUUGUCCUGCAGCUUCAAACAUAAGGACUUACAUGUUAUGUGGAAACCUUUUGUCAUUGAAAGGGAUUCAGGCUGUGGUAGAACCAGUCGCAGGACAAAAUCUCCUGAGAACUGAUACAGGUUAUCAUAGAGUAACAGUCGCCACACAUAAUCUGCUGAGUGGUUGGUCUAUCUUCAUAGCAGGUCCAUCCACCAGUGAUGUGUGGUGUUCAUAAAAAUAAAGUUCAUUUCAAGUAUAUGUGCUAAGAUUUAAUAAAUAAAAACUAAAAACAUCAAAUUUUAUUUUGUUCAGUCAAAGAAGAAGUUUGCUUUAUAGUGCCAUAGUCUUCCUUCAAUAUGAUGGGAUUGAUAUUCCCCAUUAUCACUACUGGAAAAAUGAUAAUACUGAUAAAUAAAUUAGUCAUACUGGAAUUAAUAACAAAAAUACCAGUAAAAUGAUAAAACUUGUGUUAAGGAUAAUACUAGUAUAAACGAUAAUACUGGAGUACUUACUGGUAAAUAAUCAAUUGAAAGGAACAAAUCUAAGUGGUAUUUAAAAUUGUUUGCAAAUCAGUUGAUUACAUUUCAUAUUAGUUUGGUGCUGUAAGUUACAUAUACCUGUACAGAUAUACCUGUAAAACCCUGCAACUAUCUUAACUUUGUUGCCAUAGCGAUGUAGAAUAUGUGGUCUGUUUGUUUCUAUGCAACUGUAACAAGUUUAGUAUGUAAUAAGAGAUAUGACAUUGUAUAUACAUAGUUAUGAUGUGUGUACAAUAGAAUCAUGACAUUGUAUAUACAUAGUUAUGACGUGUGUACAAUAGAAACAUGACAUUGUAUAUACAUAGUUAUGGCGUGUAUACAAUAGAAUCAUGACAUUUUAUAUACUUAGUUAUGACGUGUAUACAAUAGAAUCAUGACAUUGUAUAUACAUAACUAUGACGUGUGUACAAUAGAAUCAUGACAUUGUAUAUACAUAGUUAUGACGUGUGUACAAUAGAAUCAUGACAUUGUAUAUACAUAGUUAUGACGUGUGUACAAUAGAAUCAUGACAUUGUAUAUACAUAGUUAUGACGUGUGUACAAUAGAAUCAUGACAUUGUAUAUACAUAGUUAUGACGUGUGUACAAUAGAAUCAUGACAUUGUAUAUACAUAGUUAUGACGUGUGUACAAUAGAAUCAUGACAUUGUAUAUACAUAGUUAUGACGUGUGUACAAUAGAAUCAUGACAUUGUAUAUACAUAGUUAUGACGUGUGUACAAUAGAAUCAUGACAUUGUAUAUACAUAGUUAUGACGUGUGUACAAUAGAAUCAUUUUGCUAUAGUUUUGAUAACACAUAUCUGUUUAAUUUCCGUAACUGCUGUUGUUAAUAUUGGAGAUUUAGUCAGGGUUGAUAUUCUAUUGCCAUUACUAUGCCAAAAUCUGGUGAACCGUUUGGAAUUGUAAACUACCGGUACUAUAUCUAGAUAUUACACCAUGGUUCGUAGUUACAACUAUAGGUGUAGUCUUCAAUGUCUAGAUCAUCCUUGUUUUAUGAUUAUUUCACAUCAUAAUAAAACAUAAAAUCAUGAUAAUCAUCAUUAUGAUAAUGUGAUCAUGUUAAUCCACCUUGUGAUACUGGAUGGUGCAGUGUAAUUUCCUCGUUGCUGCUGUUUCAAUACAAUAAUCACUUCUCGCUGUUUUAUUUGGCAUGAUUGUGAUGAUCGACGUUAAAGGUAAUGAAAUAUAUGUCAGCGACCAGGGCCCAUUUGUUUGAAACAUUGUUAACUCAACAGACCUUUGAUCCCCUCUUCAAAAUGUAUUAUUUUUCUGUCUAAAACUGUAAAAGUGUUUUUUAAUAAGGUUUAUUAAUUUUCAUUUCUUUGUCUUUAGAUGAUUAUUUCAUUUCAACAAAUUUUCUCAGACAAAAACAAUUGAAUAAAUGGAUUAGACAACAGGCUUAGCCUAUAUUAAUCUUCUCCUAACCGGUAUAGAUGGACAGAAAACAUAAAUUUAAUACAUACCGGUAGCUCAACAAGACACACUCAUACACUUACAAACAUAUAGGCUAGGGUACACUUACAAACAUAUAGACUAGAACAUACAACCAAGUUAUAAUUAUAAGAAGAAGAAACAAACAUUAUUUGAUGACAUUUGAUAACAAAAAAAAUACUUUUUAGCUUAUCAUAUAUAUGUUUGUACACUCAGACCACACUCCAUAACACACGCACACACAUAUAUAAAUACGCAUUCGCAAACACACACACACACACACAUGAUUUUUGGAAACUGGCAUAUGCAGUUUUCGCUAUAGAUUUGAAUUAUUAUGAAAAUAUUUGGGAUGGAUUGUUCUAAGUUUUAAGUCGUGUUAAGCUAACUUUGUUCUGAACAUCUGUGCCUUGAAAAAAAAAAAAGUGCUUUGUAAAUCAUGUAACUUCUUACUCGCUCAUCAACUUGCUAAUAAAAUUAAAAUAUGUAUACCAA